AUGUCUGGUCGCGGAAAGCAAGGUGGAAAGACCCGUGAAAAGGCGAAGACUCGCUCGUCGCGAGCUGGGCUGCAGUUCCCCGUCGGCAGAGUUCAUAGUUUGCUCAGGAAGGGCAAUUAUGCAGAUCGUGUAGGAGCCAGUGCCCCCAUCUAUCUGGCCGCAGUGCUGGAGUACCUGACUGCUGAGAUUCUGGAGCUGGCAAGGAAUGCCGCUAGAGACAAAAAGAAAACCCGCAUCAUUCACCGCCACCUCCAGCUCACUGUCCGUAACGACGAAGAGCUCAACAAACUGCUUGGAGGAGUGACUAUUGCCCAGGCAGGUGUCCUGCCUAACAUCCAGGCUGUGCUGCUGCCCAAGAAAGCCGAGAGCCACAAACCCGCCAAGAGCAAGUAA